AUGGCGAGACCAAAGUUAGACGUGUCCGUUCAGAUAAUCCCUGACCGUACGGCUUUUUUUGUUGUGACGUUAAACUCAAGGCACGUGACGGUGGCGCUUCCUCCCGUAAACGACCCGGAUCCGAUAGUUCAUCGAGAUCUGAUGGAUGACAAAGAGAAUUUUUUGCUGACGGCUUAUGACAGACAUUGGGAAUUCAGCAAUCUGAGACGCGCAAAGUUUUCCACAUUGGCUCUCUGCUAUGAAUUGCAUAACCAAGGGCGAGACCGAUUUCUGUACAUCUGUAAUAACUGCAGUAAUACGAAUGCCUUGUGGCACUGCCCUACGUGUGAUGAUUUUGACCUCUGCCAGACUUGUUUCGUCAACGCGAAUCACGGACACCUAAUGGAAGCGAUCAGGGGUAGCAUUAGCAACGAAGCCACUUCCGAUCAAAACAGCGUUCCGACAGAAAAUACGACGAACCGAUCGGGGGCCCAAACGCCCAAAGGCCAAAUCCAAUGGCCAAAAGCGAACUGUGGUCCUCUUCACAAAUUUCCCAACGCCAACCACGGUCAGUUAAGCCGCCACCGCACGAAACGCUGUUUGCAAGACAAGAUUUCAUGCAAAGCAGCUAGGACAACCAGUUGUCCUGCUUGCAAGGAGCUGAUCCAAUACUGGUGUCAUUACAUAAAGCAUUGUACCGCCCAAAACUCCUCCGCUCAGUAUCGCAGAAAUAUUUGGCAGACUUUGGUUCAAGAUUAUGUUAAGCAGAGCGGAGUGGUAGCGACAGACGUGCAACGGCUGACAAGCCAGAUGAAGCAUCGGCAUCGGUCUGGAUGGAUUGCCAGAUGUUCAGGUAAUUUCUUGAUUUAA